AUUCAAUGCAUGUUAAAUGAUGGAUCUUAAACAAGAGACUAUUUCAUCCAACGAUCGUCUACAAAACAUUUUACAAAGUUUAUCGAAAUGUAAAAUUGAAUUUAAUAACGAGAAAGAAGAAAUUAAAAGGCUACGAGAAAAUAACGUGAAACUGGAAUUAGAGCUAAAAGAAUCACGUGAAACAGAAAAAUCACACCGUUGCCAUUUAGCGACUUCGCGAGAAAUGAUAGGAAAUCUCCAGGAGACUGUUUCGCAACUUGUAUAUCUCAAAAGGGACAUCAAGAAGUUGAAUGAUGAUAUUGCAUCUAAAGAUGCUAUCAUAUUGGGACUAGAAAAAGACAAAGAAAGUAUUAUACAGAAGCACAACGCAACCAUCCAAGAGUUACGUACGUCGCAUGAGAAACACAUCGAGGGACUAACAAUAGCUAAUGAAAGAAAAAUUCAGCAGAUCCAGCAAGACUUCGAUACUUCCGCUGCGCAAAUGUCUUGCGCCCUCGAAGAGUUGCGAGCCAAGAACAGGGACCAAGAAGCAUCUUAUAAGGACAAGAUGAACGAAGUGGUAUUAGAAUACGAAGAGAAAAUCCAACGCAGCGCUGCACUAGUGGCGCAAUUACAGGAGCAGCUGUCGCGACAAGCAGCUCGGACUGAUGCCAACAUCGACGCGUAUCGAAGGCGACUUGAGGAAUUAGAGGAGAAACUUAAACAGAGUCAGUUUAAGAACUAUUUAGCGCAGAGUUCAUAUCCUUCAGAAUCUCAAGUUGAAAGACCAUAUUCUAUGGAUAGAGAUAUUAGAGAUCCAUAUGACCAGUGCUCAGUAGAUUUGAGCCCAGUACUCGAAGUUCCGAAGAAAGUUACUGCGACUCAGAAAACUAAAGCCAAUACUUUGCAAGUGACCUAUUAUGGGAAUAAGACUCCAAGUGUGCAGCGAAAUGAGAAGAAAGGACAAUUUAAUAUAACGAAGAAAAGGAAGCUCUACAAUGAUAAAGAAUUUCUAGAUUUAUAAUUUAAUGCUCGCAUGAUUAGGUCAGAUGUGGUUUGUGGUUGUGAGAAGCACGUUUUUUAAUAGAGGAAACUAAGUGAUCCUUCCUUUACCAAAUUGGAAAAGUGCGCUCACAACGGAUAGGAAUCCGUUUCCAUCUUUUUAUAUGUAAGUACCUAGGUACACAUUAUUGUACAACCCAACUGACACUUAUUAUAUUAUUUCUUUGCUUGGACUGUUUCAUAAAAUACGUUGUAAGUUACAUUGUUUAAUAAAGAAUG